CUCCUCAGGAGCACCGCCUCUCAUCACUCUCGUCCAAACUGCUCCCGAGUCUGAGAGUGUGGAGUUGAAGCCGCAGACAGUCCCGCCAAACCGUCGGCUCCCCCACCUCCCCCCUGAGCCCAGGAGGUCUCUGAGUUCUCCUCCGCCUGUUCACUCGUCGAUUGAGGAUGUCUCCGUCCACCUUCACGCGCCGGGAGGUGACCCGCCACCGCUCCAAGGACUCCUGCUGGGUGCUGCUGGGGACCAGGGUCUAUGACGUCACCGCCUUCCUGAGGAUGCACCCGGGCGGCGAGGUGCUCCUCUUAAGCCGCUCGGGUCAGGACAUCAGCCGGGAGCUGGAGGGGCCCCCGCACCGGCACUCGGAGAACGCCCGGCUGUGGCUGGAGCAGUACUACAUCGGGGAGUUGGACGGAGAGAGCGCCGCGGAGGCACAGGUAGGAGCAGGAGGAGGAGCGGGAGAACCGGUUCGGGCAUCUCCACUUUGGGCUUGUAAAUUAAAGUUGUUUCUGAGUGUAGAGACAGAGACAGAGGGGGGUGAGAAGCCGUUUCCCACCUCCCUGGACCGGUUCUGCUGGUUCUAG